CAGCAUUGUCUCCGUGGUUAUGGAGGAGAAGACGGUGCUAGUCAUCUCGAGAUGCUGUUGGACGCCUCCGCCCCCGUCACUCUGCGUACGCGCAAGUUCAUCACUAACCGCCUCCUCCAGCGCAGGCAGUGCGUCCUCGACGUCAUCCACCCGUCGCGCGCCAACGUCUCCAAGGCUGAGCUCUCGGAGAAGCUCGCCUCCAUGUACAAGGCCAACAAGGAGCAGGUCGUCGUCUUCGGCAUGCGCACCAAGUUCGGUGGUGGCCGCUCCACUGGCUUUGCUCUCAUCUACGACUCGAGGGAGUCGAUGAAGUUCGAGCCCAGGCACCGUCUCGUUCGCGUCGGCCUCGCCAAGAAGAUCGAGAAGCCUUCGAGGAAGCUGCGCAAGGAGCGAAAGAACCGUGCCAAGAAGUCGCGCGGUACCGCGAAGAAGGGCGCUUCGGACCCCAAGAAGAAGUAAACGGACGACAGCCACUCGCAGACCGUGGACCGUCUCUUCUCUUGUGCUCUCGUCGUUCUACCUUGUACUACACACUCUCAUCUGUCAUCAGCAUCUC